CCGGGGGCGGUUUGGCUCCGCUCUCCGCCUUUGUCCCGUGCAGAGCCCUCGUCUAAAAGUUGGUUUUAAUUGGUUGCCCACAGGAUUGGCUUGGCUUCUGCUACUUGUUAAGAAAAAAACAUCUGUCUUUGCAGAUGGCGCAGUGCGUGAGCAGGGUGGAGCUGUCCGUGUCCUGCCAGAACCUCCUCGACCGGGACGUCGGCUCCAAGUCGGAUCCCCUCUGCGUCCUGCUGCAGGACGUGGGCGGCCGCCAGUGGGCUGAGUUAGAUCGCACGGAGAGGAUAAAGAAUUGCCAAAACCCUGAAUUUUCAAAGAAGCUGGUUGUCGACUACUACUUCGAGAAAGUGCAGAAGUUGAAAUUCGGGGUGUAUGACAUUGACAACAAGUCCCCUGAUCUAAACGACGAUGACUACCUUGGAGGGAUCGAGUGCACGCUGGGACAGGUUGUGUCCAGCUCAGUGUUCACUCGACCUCUGGAACUGAAGGAGGGAAAGCCAGCAGGAAAAGGCACCAUAACGAUUUCAGCAGAGGAGAUUAAAGAUACCAGGGUUGUCUAUUUAGAAAUUGAAGCCCGAAACUUGGACAAAAAGGAUUUCCUAGGUAAAUCGGAUCCGUUUUUGGAGCUGUACAAGCAGGGCGAUGCUGGAAUGUGGCAGUUGGUCUACAGAUCAGAGGUGAUUAAGAACAACUUAAAUCCGUGCUGGAGGAAGUUCAGUGUUCCCUUGCAGACGUUCUGUGGUGCUGAUUUUAAUAAACCUAUCAAGGUACAGUGUGCAGAUCAUGAUAGUGAUGGGUCACAUGACUUGAUAGGCAUUUUUGAAACUAGCCUGGCUCAGCUGCAGAAAGCAGGUGACGGCUCUCCGGUGGAAUAUGAAUGCAUUCAUCCUGAGAAGAAACAGAAGAAAAAGAGCUACAAAAACUCUGGCAUUAUUAGGAUAAAAUCCUGCAAGAUUGAAACAGAUUAUUCAUUCCUGGACUACAUCAUGGGAGGCUGUCAGAUUAAUUUUACGGUGGGCAUAGACUUCACUGGCUCCAAUGGCGAUCCCAAGUCACCAGAUUCUCUUCACUACAUUAGCCCAGAUGGGAUAAAUGAGUACCUGAUUGCCAUCUGGAGCGUGGGAAGUGUAGUCCAGGAUUAUGACACGGACAAGCUGUUUCCUGCAUUUGGAUUUGGAGCUCAGGUUCCUCCUAGCUGGCAGGUGUCUCAUGAGUUUGCUUUGAACUUCAAUCCCAGCAACCCGUAUUGUCAAGGGAUCCAAGGAAUAGUUGAUGCCUAUCGCCAGAUCCUUCCUCAGAUACGACUCUAUGGGCCAACCAACUUCUCUCCCAUUAUAAACCACGUGGCAAGGUUUGCUGCACACUCAGCGCAACAAGGAACUGCUUCUCAAUAUUUUAUCUUGCUGAUCAUCACAGAUGGAGAGAUCACUGAUCUGGAUCAAACCAGGCAAGCAAUUGUUAAUGCAUCUAAGCUGCCGAUGUCUAUCAUUAUUGUUGGAGUUGGUAAAGCUGAUUUCAAAGCAAUGGAGUUUCUUGAUGGGGACAAUGGCAUCCUGAAAUCCAUAACAGGAGAGCCAGCUGCACGGGACAUUGUUCAGUUUGUGCCUUUCCAGCAGUUCAAAAAUGCUCCCCGAGAAGCUCUUUCCCAGAUGGUUCUGGCUGAAGUGCCAAAGCAGCUGGUUUCAUACUAUAAAUUGCAGGGGUGGCCACCUGUGAAGCUGCCGGAAACGAAGAAGAUGUAGAUUGCAUCCUCACCAUAGCCAUAUGUAUCACUGCGGUGAAGAGAGCUGUCUGCACUCACACUCUUCCCUUGCACACUUGGUGCCUUAAGGUCGUACCAUUCACACUAAUACUCUUACCUGCUUAUACUCUGUAUCUUUGAUCUUUCCUGUUCCUAACUGCAAGAAAUGUAAAUAAGGAAGAAAUGCAACUGCUGGCAGUUCUUGUCAAAGAAAAAUAAACCUUGUUGGUUUUAUGCCUUGGAAUAGUGAUAACAUCAUACCAUGCAUACUUGGCACAGCCCACCUGCUGCCUUGGUGUUAGAGUGGGCACAUGCACUGAACUGCUCACGCAACACUGCUUCAGUGUUCAUUAGGACAAUCAUAUAUACAGUAAUGAUACUGUGUACAUGUUCCUUGAUAAUUUUUUUUUAUUCUAUCAAGCUGCCUUGGGAAUGGGGACCCAUCUGCAUUGGUUGGUAUGAAAGUCAGUUGGCUAGAUGCCUGAGGUAGUUCCUGUUGUGCCUUCAUAAGGUGCCAGUAUAUUUUUUAUAUGUAAAGGUUUAUUUUUAAAUUUCAGUUACUAUACUUUGCAAUCAUCUUAUUUUUUUAAUCACAGUUUUGUAUUAGCAAAAAUUGCUUCUGUGGAGAUAAAGGAAGUUGGACUUGUCAUUGCACUACAAGCUGUCAUCACUUUCAUAAAUAAAUAAUGUGCUGUCAUUUACA